CGUCUCUCAAUAUUUCACCCAAUAGUCGACACAUACGCUGCACAAACCACAGGAGAUAUAUAUCCACGACACUCUGUCGCAAAUCACACACGUUCACAUCAGGCCGACGUGUGCCUUCAUGGAGGGUGUGAGAAGUACGCCCAACGGGACUGAUGCACGCCCCUGCGGCCGUGAGGACGGCUACAUGCGGCAUUGAUCCAUCACCCCCGUCGCAGGCACCUCCCCGCCCGCACACCAGCCACACACAGCCAUUGAUCGACACACGCCACACGACACCAACAUCAGCCGCGGCAGACACACAUGAAUGAAUGAGUUGGACAAAGGUAUCUCCCCCCGCCAUGCUAUGCCCCCAGAUCAUAUGUACAAACAGGUCAGUCAGGAGACACCCGGACACUACACUAAGAGAAUGCAGCUGCCAUCCAUCCAUCAGUGAGUAGCCCGAGUAGAGCCCUCACUGAUGCACGCACUGGCUGCUGUGAGGAGGGGCCCGGCAUGGCUGCGGGACCGCAUUCACUGCAUCGCCUGCCCACCGUGCUAAGGCGCGGCUGCCCAAGAGCAGCUUCACGUCCUCUUCCCCCAGCGCCUCCCUCGCCUUGGCCACGGCAGCCGCCUGCUGGCCCCACCCCUCGGCGGUCGUCACGAGGGUCACUACAGCCUUAUCUACAGGCUCGCUUUCGUCGUAGUCCAUGUCCAUGUCCCAAUCGUGUGCCGUCUUGAGUUCCAGGUAGAGGGCGUACUCGUCGCCCGCCUUAUCGCCGUGCAGCGUGAUGCGCUUGCCCCAAUCCUCGAAAAUCUCGUCUGGGCUGGUGUACGUGACGGACGGAAAGGCGGCGUGGUCCUGGUUGCUGUGGAUGAUGGCCGACGCACGCGCGAACGCCCUGGUGCUCUCCCCCACCUCUCGGCCCACGAGCGUCUUCAUGCUGCCUGGCCACGCCUCGCCGCCUUGCAUGCUGAGAGGCAGGCAGACAUGGGGGGAACAGAGCGAGUGAAAGGGGGUGGGGGACGGUGGGUGAAUACUUACUUCCUAGCACACGAUGGUGCCUCUGAAGCUAGACGCGCUGCCUCCUCCACCAAAUACUGCAGACACACACACAUUACACACAUGACUGCUGCCAUUCUCAGUGCACGCCAUCUGAGUAUCAUUGUGUGUGUCGACUUACUCUCAGAAUCGCACGGCGGGUCCUUGGGGUCGUGUGGGAAAGGGCAGUCUACCCUCGGCCGCAUGUGGUAGUCCACCAAACCUUCCAUCUCCUCCAGCGCCAGCCCCCACUCGUUCUCCCUCGUCAACCGAUGGCUAAACACCGAAAACUGCCGAACGCUCUUGGGCCGCACGUCGAAGUCCCUCUUGCUACCGAUGUUCUCCAGGUCGUCGCCCGUCAGCUGAAUGGGAAGCGGGCCAUCCACCCAUCCGUGGUGUUUGGCGAGAUGGAGGGGCCCCACCCACUCCCGCCACGCCCCGCCCUUCUCCAACACGUACACCGUCUUGAUGGCCGCCUCCACGUCAUUGCCUGUGGCGAAUGACAGCACGCCAGAGAGGCCCUCCCGAGUCAUGAUCUGCUCUUUGUGCUGCUCGAGGGCCACCGGCAGCGUCAUGCCAGCAGGGAUCUCCGUCAUGGGCUGUUUGCUGAGCUGCGCGAGGAGGGCCUGACGGCUGCUUCUGCCCUCGCCGGCCAUGGCCAUGGUGGCGGCCUUGUUGAGUGCGAUGCUCCAGAGGGAGGGCACUGGUGGAGGCUUGGGGCGCUGGCGAGCCCGGAACGCCAUGAUAUACCUGAAUAGGAAUGAACGAGGGACCAAGAAGUGUUCUCGAGAGAGAGGCGUAUGUGAAAGUGCACUUUCACCUUCUUCCGUGACUUACGUUGCUAUCGCCCCCCGAGCGUCAUUUCGCGAUCGCUUUCGGCUCGCAAAAUCCCUUCUCUCCCCUUCUUCGUUGCCCGCAGCUCUCUGUUGCCUGGUGAAUGAAGCAUCAGGCAACGCUGCAAUGAAGGCGAGCAGCCCAGCCAUACCCACCCUCCAGUGUUGAUAAAGACAAGUCCCGGUGGCCUCCCCCCUUGAAGUUCUCCCCCAACGCGCAGGGUAUGAGCAAUUUCGUCGUACGUGCCGUUCCGCUGACAUUUCCACAGGCACACUUCAGAAUCUGAGGUGGAUUGGGAGACACGUGAUGCCAU